UACCCCUACACCAACAACUUCCACAAAGUCUACUAAACCAACACCAGAAACUAUCACAUCAUCUUCUCCUACACCGACAUUUACCACAAAGUCUACUAAAACAACACCAGAACCUACCACAUCAUCUACACCUACACUGAUGACAACUACAAAAUCUACAACACCUACAAAACCUACAGCAUCAUCUACCCCUACACCAACAACUUCCACAAAGUCUACUAAACCAACAUCAGAAACUAUCACAUCAUCUACUCCUACACCGACAUUUACCACAAAGUCUACUAAAACAACACCAGAACCUACCACAUCAUCUACCCCUACACCAACAACUUCCACAAAGUCUACUAAACCAACACCAGAAACUAUCACAUCAUCUUCUCCUACACCGACAUUUACCACAAAGUCUACUAAAACAACACCAGAACCUACCACAUCAUCUACACCUACACUGAUGACAACUACAAAAUCUACAACACCAACAAAACCUACAGCAUCAUCUACCCCUACACCAACAACUACCACAAAGUCUACUAAAACACCAAAAUCCACCACAUCUACUCCUACACCAACAUCUUCCACAAAGUCUACUAAAACAACACCAGAACCUACCACAUCAUCUACCCCUACACCAACAACUACCAAAAAGUCUACUAAAACAACACCAGAACCUACCACAUCAUCUGCCCCUAAACCAACAACUUCCACAAAGUCUACGAAAACAACACCAGAACUUACUGCAUCAUCUACACCUACAUCAAGAACUACCACAAAGGCUACUAAAACAACACCAGAACUUACUACAUCAUCUACAACUACAUCAACAACUACCACAAAGUCUACCACAACAGAAUCUACUAUGAAGACAACUACUACAUCUACUCCUACACCAACUCCGCGCUACGACUGUCCUGAAUGGGACAAAAACACCAAUGAGACCUUCAUCUUGUGUAACUGCACCAUGGCGAGGUGCAUUGAAGACAACGUCAUUGAAAUUAUCCCAUUUGAAUGUCCUCCACUGCAGAACAUCACCUGUGAAAAUGGCAAAAAACCUGUGCUUGUCUAUGAUGAGCACUACUGCUGCCAAUAUUACACAUGUGACUGCUUUUGUGAAGGCUGGGGUGACCCGCAUUACAACACAUUUGAUGGACUCUUCUACAGUUAUCAAGGAAACUGCACUUACAUAUUAAUGGAGGAAAUAAGGCCUCAGUACCAUUUAAAGAUCUACAUUGACAACGUCUACUGUGACCCUAUUGAGCAUGUAUCCUGUCCCAGAUCCAUUAUUGUGUCUUACAACAAACAAGUCAUAACACUUAAGAAUCACAAUCUCAUCGGAGGUGCAGACCUAGAGGUUAUUAAGGAUGAUGUUAAGUUAAAUCUGCCAUAUGCUUUCAAUGGUGUGAGGGUUAUAAGCUCAGGUCUAGACUUGUUCCUGAGUAUUCCACAGCUGGGUGUUGAUAUAACAUUUGGAGCCACAGGCUUUAGCAUCAACCUGCCAUUCCAGCAUUUUGGAAACAACACACAAGGUCACUGUGGAACGUGCAACAACAACCAGGCUGAUGACUGCAUGCUUCCUGGAGGGAUCUUGGUGGACGACUGUGCAGUGAUGGCGGAUUACUGGCCAGCCAGUGGUGUGAACGGUGAAAUGUGCACUCCACCAACUGCAUUACCUACCGUUGGUGGUGAUAUCAAACCUACAACUAAGCCAUGCCAGGCCCAUCCUGACUGCAACCUCCUCAGCAGCGAGUUGUUCGAAGCAUGCCGUUCCCAUGUGUCCCCCGAAAAAUUCUUUUUAGGAUGUCAAUAUGAUAGUUGUCAUAUGAGCAACCCUGCCGUGGUGUGUACCAGUCUGCAGAGCUAUGCAAGGGCUUGUUCUCAAUUAGGGAUCUGCAUACACUGGAGGAACUACACUAACCUUUGCAAUAUUGAAUGCCCAGCAGAUAAAGUCUUCAAUCCUUGUGGUCCAGCUGAGCCACCAAGCUGUGAUGAUAUACCUGAACGGAAAACCAUAACAGUGCCCACAGAGGGCUGCUUUUGUCCUGAGGGCACGUUGCUCUUCAACAAGGAGACCAGAGUCUGUGUGAACAAAUGCGGAUGCCUGGACUCCUCUAGGACACCACGUGAGUUCGAUGAGGUUUUUGAGUACAACUGCGAAGAGUGUAUCUGUGAUAAGGCCAGCAAAUCAGUUAUCUGUAAGCCCAAGAAGUUGCUUUGUCCUGAUGUGACUCCUGAGAACUGCACUGAGCCCGGCUUCAUGCUGGUCAAUGUCACCAAUCCUUCAGACCCAUGCUGCAGCAAACAAGUUUGCAAUUGUGAUGUCAACAUGUGCCCACCUUUGGAUAAAAAGUGUACAGUCGGAUAUGCACCAGUCCUGGAAGUGCUUAAUGGAAAAUGCUGUCCAGAAAUCAAAUGCGAGCCAAAGAAAGUGUGUGAGUAUGAGCCUAGUACCAACAUCCCCAUCGUUGACUGUCAGGAAUGUAGAUCAAGAUGUGAUUUCAAGAUCAACUGUGGACUUGUGCAGUGCAAUGAGGAAUGUGAUCCUGGUUAUGAAUAUGUUGAUACAAACUUAACCGAAUGCUGUGGAAAGUGUGUGCAAACUCACUGCAUCGUCAACAUCAAUGGCUUCAAUCAAAUACUGCAGGAAGGAGCCACUUUCCCCAUUCCAAACCAGGGCUGUGACAAAAUCACGUGCACUAAAGUUAAUGGACAGUUCAUCGCCAACAAACACACAGUCCAGUGUCCUCCUUUCAACAUUUCCAACUGCCAGCCUGGCACCGUUCAGCUGUCACCCGAUGGCUGCUGCUAUGUUUGUGUGGACAAAAUCAAGGGAUGUCAAGUACAGACCGUUCAUGAUUACAUAAAUCACAAUGACUGUCAAUCAGAGAGGAAAAUGGACCUGACAUUUUGCGGUGGAGAUUGUACCAGUUUUAGCAAGUACACAGAACCUGGGUUGUCAUCAUGUAGCUGUUGCCAGGCCAAACGCUCAAGUAAUCGCACAGUGGAUCUUGGUUGCGUAAAUGGAGAUAUAAUAACCCACACAUACGUCCAUGUUGAAGAGUGCUCCUGUAGCAAAACUAACUGUCAUUAAAAUGGGAAAGAGCCUAAACGACGAAAGAAAACGCAACUUCCGACUUCCGUGAGCAGCAGUAGUGAAUCAUUGACCCAAACUCUCUGAAAAACUACUCUCAAGUAUCUUUGAUCAGAUAUUAAUUUAAAUUGCACAUGCUUUCUUUAACAUUUAUUAAACUAUCUAUCGAGCUUUUAAUUUUUCUUUGUUAAAUGUGAACUCUUUUGCUUGCUUGAAAUAAAAAAAGCGAUAAAAAAGCGAUUAAAAAAGGCAUCUUAAAACUAAAUUCA